UUUGCGAAUUCUCUUUUCCUGAACAGUCCCCGGUGGCUCGGCCGCACCCCUUAUGCCAUCUGCACCGGUUGUGGGGUUCGUAGGAAGGACUCAGGGAGACCCCGGACACCCCGAAAUGGACUCAGUGGCCAUUGAGGAUGUGAUUGUAACCUUCACCCUAGAAGAGUGGGCCUUAUUGGAUUCUUCACAGAAGAAACUUUACAGAGAUGUAAUGCGACAAACUUUCAAGAACCUGGCCUCAAUAGGGAAGAAAUGGGAUGAUCAUGACAUUGAAGAAUUGUAUAAAAACCAGGGGAGAAAACUAAGAAAUCAUACGGCGGAGAGACUCUGUGAAGCUAAAGAGGGUAGUCAACGUGAAGACAACUCCAAUCUUAUUUCAGAAAUGACUUUGAACAAGAAGACCCCUGCAGUGAAACCACAUGCAUGCAGUACAUGUGGAAAAGUCUUCAGGCAUCGUUCACCCCUUGAUAGGCACAUCAGACGUCACACUGGACACAAACCAUCUGAAUAUGACAAAUACAGAGAGAAGCCUUAUACAUUUAGGACAUGUGGUAAAACCAGUUAUCGCCAUUUUUUUUAUAAACGUGUAGAGAAAUCUUACAAAUGUAAGGAAUGUGGGGAAUCCUUUAGGCAUCCCCAGUUUGCUCACAAACAUGAACAGAUUCAUACUGGAGAGAAAUGGUAUCAAUGUAAACAAUGUGGAAAAAUCUUUAAAUAUUUUCAAGGCUUCCAAAAACAUAAAACAACUCACACAGGAGAGAAACCGUAUGAAUGUAAGCAAUGUGGUAAAGCUUUCAAUUGUUCCAGUUCUUACCAAAAUCAUGAAAAAACUCAUACUGGGGAGAAACCUUAUGAAUGUAAGGAAUGUGGGAAAGCCUUCAGUUAUCACUCUUCCUUUCUAUUACAUGAGAGAGUUCAUACUGGAGAGAAACGCUAUUCAUGCAAGGAAUGUGGUAGAGGCUUUCGUCGUUACGGAACCUUAAAACGGCACAUGAGACUGCACACUGGGAAGGAACUCUAUGAAUGUACAUAA